UUAAAAUCAAAUUGUCCAUUUAUGUUUGAAGAUUCGGAUAAUCCGAGUGUUUGUUGCGAUGAUGAACAAGUGUCGGUGAUGUCGGAAAACAUUGACAUGUUAUCGGUGUUUUCAAGAUGUCCAAGUUGUAUGUUAAAUAUCAUCACGAAUAUCUGCAUGUUUAGUUGUUCAAAAGAUCAAGAUGAAUUUCUUAGUAUUACUAAAAUGAGUGAACUAGAAGGAAAUCGAGGAAAAGGACACUACAUUGAUGCAAUUGACGUUUAUAUUGAUGAAACGUUUAUGAAUACUACUUUCGAAUCGUGUAAAAGUGUUACGAUGCCUCAAACUGGAGGCCCCGUCAUGGAUAGUAUUGGAUGUAGUGAUUAUGUGGCCGCAUUUUGUACGACGGAAAGAUUUUUUAAUUUUUUGGGACUGGAUAAUCCUUAUUUGCCGUUCAAUAUGACUUACAUUCCAUCGGAUAAUCCUGAGAUAUAUGUUAGUAGGGCCAGAAAUUGUAAUGAAUCUUACCAGGAAGGUGGUUUAGCUUGCAGUUGUAUCGAUUGUCCAAUAAGUUGUGUUUUAGAGGAUUUUCCUGCACAUCCAGAAGGAUUUCUUAUUUUAAAACUAAACGGUUACACUUUUAUCGUUGCAAUAGUCAUAUUUGCUUUAUCUUUCAUAACUACGAUAAUUUUAUACAUUUUUAUUCGGCGUCGAUCAAAUGGAAGUGCAAGUAAUGAAUCCUUCGACAGAGAAGAUUUGGAUUUUACAGAUAAUGAAGAAGAAACUAACAUCGUUCAUAGAAUUCUUGGAAAACUCUUCAGAAAAUUUGGAAUUCUUAUGGCUGAUAAUGCUAUGUUGGUUCUUCUUUUAACCCCAUACAUUGUAAUCGGAUUGGGUUACGGUUUCUUUUCUUUACAAGUUACUACGAGUCCAGUUGAAAUUUGGGCAGCCCCUAAUAGUAGAAGCAGAAUUGAAAAAGAUUAUUUUGAUGAACAUUUUAAACCGUUUUAUAGAACUGAACAAAUUUUUAUAAAAGCUGUUAACGUUCCAGAUUUGGAAUACCUAUUCAUGGACGAAACAAUUACUUUAGGACCAGCUUUUAAUAAAACAUUUUUAACUGCAGCUUUUGAAUUACAACAACAGUUACAAGAAAAGGUUAGUUCAAGUGAAGGUGUUGAUUUUGUUAGUAUUUGUUAUGCUCCUUUAUUGGGACCAUUCUCCCCGCCACGAAAUAUUGAUGCUUGCACCGUUCAAUCUAUCUUGGGUUUAUUUGAAAAUGAUAUAAAUAUUUUUCAAGCGUCUGAAGAUUAUAUUGAUACAAUGUUAAAAUGCGCAAAGAGCGCUUAUCACAUGGAUUGUUUAGCACCAUAUGGAGGCCCCAUUGAACCUGGUUUAGCAUAUGCUGGUGCUUCAAGAGAUGACUAUAGGGAUGCUCAAGGAGUUGCUAUAACUAUGUUAGUUGAAAAUACUUUGGAUGAAAGUAAAUUGGAAAAAAUUAUGGCAUGGGAAAUUGAGUUCAUAAACUUUUUGAAAAAUUAUGAUGAAAACGAAAGACCAGAAUUUUUCGAUAUCGCCUUCAAUUCUGAACGAUCAAUUGAAGAUGAAAUUGAACGACUAUCACAAUCCGAAGUAUCAACAAUUGUUAUCAGUUACGCUGUUAUGUUUGUUUACAUCACCAUCGCUUUGGGGAGAUUCAGAUCAUUCAAAACUCUGUUUGUAGAAAGUAAAAUUUUUCUUGGAGUAAGUGGAAUAAUAAUCGUUCUUUCCUCCGUUAUUUGUUCACUGGGUCUUUGUGGAUACGCUGGUGUUAAAACUACCAUGUUAACCAUUGAAGUAAUUCCAUUUUUAGUUCUGGCUGUUGGUGUCGAUAAUAUUUUUAUUAUUGUACAACAUUACGAACGAUUAGGAAGUACUAAGUCUUCUAAAGUCACUCAACAAAUUGGAUUAACUUUAAGUAAAGUAGGACCAAGUAUGUUAUUAACUAGUUUAUCAGAAAUUUGUUGCUUUGCUAUUGGUAGUUUAUCUGAUAUGCCAGCUGUAAAUUCAUUCGCAUUAUACGCAACCAUAGCAAUCGCUUUUAAUUUAGUGUUGCAAUUAACAGCUUUUGUAGCUUUAUUAGCUGUAGAUGAACGAAGAUAUAGAGGUCAUAGAUGGGAUCUUUUCUGUUGCAUAAAAACCGAUAAAUUAAACACAAGCAAUAAAAGCAGUAUCUUGUAUAGGUUUUGGUCCGAAUUGUAUACACCAUUUAUUCUUCGCUUAGAUGUUAGGUGUAUCAUUUUAUUUCUUUUCUCAACACUUCUUUGUGUUAGCUUAGCGAUAAUACCUUCCGUUGAUAUUGGUUUAGACCAACAACUUUCUAUGCCGGAAGAUAGUCAUGUUUUAAAAUAUCUUCAAUACAUGAGUCAACUUAUGGGAAUUGGGUCUCCUAUAUAUUGGGUGACAAAAGGUGAUUUAGAUUACUCAAGCAUAACUAUACAAAAUAAAUUUUGUGGUGGAGUUGGGUGUCAACCGAAUUCGAUAAGUACUCAAUUAUAUGCCGCUGCGAAACAAUCCGAAAUUACAUAUGUUGCUCGCCCUGCAUCUUCUUGGAUCGAUGACUACAGAGAUUGGAGUUUAAACGAUAAAUGUUGCAAAUAUUUCUUGAGUAACGACACUUUUUGUCCCCACACGGUCACCAAUCAUAAAAUUUGCGGUAAAUGCGGAAGAUCUGAUGACGAUGAUUUCCAAAAAUACUUUCCAAAGUAUUUAAACUAUUUUCUUAACGAUAAUCCUGAUGAUAUGUGUAGCAAAGCUGGACACGCUUCUUAUUACGAUGGAAUAAAUUACAUCACAGAUGAAAACGACAAUUCUUACAUACUCCAAUCUCACGUAAUGUCUUAUCACACAGUUUUAAACACUUCGAAAGAUUAUUACGAAGCGUUAAGAUACGCUAGAAUAAUUGCAGAUAAUUUAACUGUAACAUUAAAUGAACCUGGCGUUGAAAUUUUCCCUUACAGUAUAUUUUAUGUGUUCUAUGAACAAUACCUUACGAUUUGGGAAGACACUUUAACAUCUUUAGGAUACUCUUUCUUGGCUGUUAUAGUAGUAACUUUUAUAGUGUCCGGAUUUAGCUUCUUUGCUGCUUUAAUGGUAUCGAUUACAGUUUUUAUGAUCGUCGUUAACAUGGGUGGUUUAAUGUACGUCUGGAAUAUUAGUUUAAACGCUGUAUCUUUGGUCAAUUUAGUCAUGGCUGUUGGUAUAGCAGUUGAAUUUUGUGGUCACAUAAUAAAUUCUUUUGAAAAAUCGAAAGAACUAACGGCAAUCGAUAGAGCAAGUGAUGCUUUGGCAAAUAUGGGAAGUUCUGUCCUUUCUGGUAUAACAUUAACAAAAUUCUGCGGAAUCAUCGUCCUAGCAUUCUCAAAAUCUCAAAUUUUCAAAAUAUUCUAUUUCCGUAUGUAUUUGGGGAUCGUUAUUAUAGGGGCUUUACACGGAUUAGUGUUUUUACCUGUGAUGCUUAGUUUUUUAGGCAGGAAUAAGAAAAAACUU